CAACAGCAGCAGCAGCUGUUUGACUUGGUCCUCGGCACGUAGAUGCUGUGUCGCGCUCGGAGCGCGGUCCACCGGAGCGUUCGCAAGUGCGCCAAGGUCGCCGCGAGCGCCACUGAAGCCAGCAGCGGCCGCCGGCCAGAGGAGCGGCCAGCAUGAAUCCCUACGGCGACUUCGACAAGUCGGACAUCUCCAACGUGGUGAUGAACCAGGAGUACUUCCGCACGUACGAGGAGAACGAGGAGCACAUGCUGCUCGACAUGGACGCGCUGGUGCAGCGCGGCAAGGACGACGACGCGAUGAUGAGCCGGGCGUUCGGCUACUCCGAGUCGCCCACGAAGAAGUUCGCUCUCGCGGACGAGGCGGAGGUGGAGCGGGUGGGCAGGAGCGAGUGGGAGUCGAAGCCCGUGGAGGACUGGUGCGAGGACGACACGGUCAACUGGCUGUACACGAUAAUCGCCACGAUGAACCUGCCGCAGGUGUACGGCACGCUCAACCCCUCGGACCAGUCGCGCACGCUGAUCCUGCCGGGCAAGCAGCUGCUCGGCCUCGGCCGCCACGAGUUCGUGGCGCGCGAGCCCGCCUACGGCGACCGGCUCUACGGGCUGCUGCACGGCCUCGCGGUCGCCAACCGUUGCCAGGCGGCCCAGCACUCGAAGCAGCCGCGCGCCGCCCAGGACGAGGCCCAGGCGCCCGUCGGCGCCGGCUUCCCGCGCGCCUGCCACGAGGACGAGCCCAGCGCCGUGAGCGCCUCCAGCAACGCCUCCGAUGCGGAGUCGGACAACAGCGUGGAGGUGUCCACGAAGCGCCCGCCCGGUCGGCCGAGGCUGCUCAAGGCCAAAAAGAACCCCACAAGUCAGGGCAAACUUUGGGAAUUUAUACGGGAUCUGCUGCGUAACCGCAAAACCUGUCCCAGCCUAAUUUGUUGGGAAGACUAUUCGCAAGCAAAAUUUCGAUUUGUUCGCAGCGACGAAGUUGCCAAGCUUUGGGGCUCGCGUAAGGGUAAUACCAAAAUGACUUACGAGAAGCUCAGUCGCGCUAUGAGGUAUUAUUAUAAGAGAAAAAUAUUCCUGCCUGUCCUUGGGCGCAGACUGGUGUAUCAAUUCGGACCAAACGCCACUGGCUGGCAAACCGACAAUCCGAAUUUCCGAUUCUGAACAAUGUGCGAAUAAAACGAAAGUGCCAAAAUUAAUUUUUUUCUCGUGUUGGAUUUUCAAUAAGAGAAGCACGUUGCUGUUAUGUCGAAUGAAGCUUGUUGAUAUAUAUUAUUGUUAAAAGAAGACUGACUUUACUUUUUUUUUUUGCUAAAAACAUAUUCUUCGGAUAUCUUCUACCCAAUAAAACUGAGAGGCAAGAUACACCACGAAGCUUAGGAUACUUAAAAGAAGACGAGUGAAGAAUAAAGUGAACUAGUGUUGUUAA